AUGGAUCCUUCUCCAGAUCUCGUUAUUGGGAUAGAUUUUGGAAUGACAUAUACUGGAGUCGCUUGGACGAAUCUACUGACUCCCGAAAUUUUUGUCAUCAAAGACUGGCCUGGACUUGGUCAAGAUGCGCAUGAGACGAAAGUGCCAUCAAAAAUCAUAUACGCACGAAAUCAGGCUGUUCGAAAAUGGGGUUUUCUCUGCGAUUCUCAAGACGAAUUCGAAGAGCACGAACAAGUCUUCGAAUGGUUCAAAAUAUAUCUUGACCAAGGGAAUGUGGAUAGAGCAAAGCGUGUUGGUCUCGCAGACACCCCUCAAUCCGUUGAAGAAGCGAAGAAAUUGACCACCGACUAUCUUCGCGAAGUGUACAAUCAGACGAAACGGGUGAUCGAGAUGAUGAGUGGGCCGUGGAGCAACAAAAGAGUAGAGUUCAUAUUCAGCAUGCCGACUACUUGGACGAAUCAAGUCAUCUUGAAUGAGUUCAAAGCUGUUAUUAAGGAGUCGGGUUUUGGCCGUGAAGAAAUGCACACGGCAAAAUUGGAACUCACAGAAGCAGAGGCCGUUGCAGUUUACACCGUCAAAACCGCACAAAUCCGAUUCGAGAAAGGCGACAUCUUUCUCGUAUGCGAUGCUGGAGGAGGUACGACGGAUCUUGGGCUUGUCGAAAUUGCACAAGCCAAUCCAGACGUGCCUGUGCUCAAGCAGGUCGCCGCGGUGCAAGGUGUUGGAAUUGGAUCAACAGUCAUUGAUCGCGCCUUUCAAGCCUUGGUCCAGAGACGGAUAGACCAGUAUCCGGAUGUUCGGCAUCUUCUUGAAAAUAUUGCCUUCACGCUGUCCAGAAGCCAAAGCUUUCGGUCGAUAAAGCAUAAUUUUGGUACUGCUGCAGGUGAUCAGUCCACCUUUUAUCUACCAAUUGACGUCAAUCGAGACCUCGUUCACCCAGGACUUGGAAUAAAUCGGGGGAGAAUGGCAUUUUCGAAGUCCGAGAUCCAAGGUCUUUUCGACCCCCAAAUUAACCAAAUAAUUACCCGAAUAAACGAACAGUUCAAUUGGAUGCAAGGAAAUAGGGGCAGUGAAAUUGUGAAAUACUUAGUACUGUCAGGUGGACUUGGUGGCUCUGAAUACGUUCGAUCUAAAGUGGAACAGAGGUACAAGUCGAAUCCACAUGCAAGUGCUCCGAAUUUGUAUGUAUUCAAAUCACAAGAGCCACGGCUAGCGGUCGCCAAAGGUUUAGUCAUGGACAGGAGGCAAAAACUUGUGACUGGAGCAUCCGCUUUGAAGACCAGAAUUGCACGAGCAAGCUAUGGGAUCCUGUGUCGUGAGCCGUACAACGAGCACGUUCACAUUGGAGAAGAAGUCGAGUUCGACCAGUAUAUCAAAGGCAAGAGAUGGGCCAUCAAUCAGAUCGAAUGGUUCAUUCGGAAGGGCGACGUAAUUGACACCGACACAGCUCUGGAAAGGCGAUUUGAGAGGAAGCUGAAGCCAGGCGUUGGAAGCAACAACAGAAUAUGGGAUUCUACCGUGGUCAUAUCCCACAAUGAACGAGCUGUCCUACCAAGAGGACUGAGACAAGCUGGUGCAAAAAAGCUAUGUGUGGUCAAAUCAGACCUCAGAGCCGUCGAAGAACGUGAGUUCGAGGAGAAAAACAAGAGGUGCUGGCAAGGAAGACGCUACUAUCUUGCAAAAUUCACGAUCAAAGUAAUGAUCGCUCCAGCCGAUCUGAAGUUUGAACUCUGGUUCAAGGGAACGAAGUAUUCAAGAAGUCAUGAUCCUGUGACAAUCCAAUGGGACCCGGCCGGAGCAUCCGAAAAGCCACCAGAACGACAUGUAGACGGUUUUGUUGACGACGUGUUGGAAGUGCCUGCCUACAGACAAAGUCAGGGUAUGAAUGGGUGGGUUGGAUGA